AUGGAUCCAAUUUCUAUCACCGGUCUCGUAAUAGAGGUCAGCCAUGUGUUAUCAAGUCUGAUCAGAUAUGCCAAAACGGUGCAGACUGCAAAGUCCGAAGUGCGGAAACUUACCGAAGAGCUCUUUGCUCUAAAAGGGAUAUUGGAGCAUUUGGCAGCACAGAUAGAUGAUAUUCCCAAAUGGCAGGAAUCAGAAACAAGCUCAUUUGAUCACGAUGUUAUGGUGAGAGUGUUGCGUACAACAAAUGAGUUUCUCCAAUCCUUGCUCAUGGACUUGGAAGUGGCCGAGACCAAAUUUAAGCGUCUCAAGCAAACUCUGAAAUGGCCUUUUACUCAGACAGAAGUCAGCGAGCAUCUGAUACGUCUGGAGAGAGUCAAAUCGUGGUUGAUACUGGUUCUCAUUGCAGACCAUAACUCGGUAGAUCGGGAGAUGCAGCAGGAGAUUCGUGAUCUGACAAGCACAUUGAAGGAAGACUUGCAGAUUCGAUUUCAAGAGAGAAACAAAUUGGCCAACAGAGAGCUACUAAAAUGGAUAGCUCCUGUGAGCCCCGAGAGCUCUCAUCUACGGGCGUCAAAAAGACAUAGAGAUGGGACUGGUAGAUGGUUUGUCGACGGUCAUUUGAAGACAUUUCUCGAUCAAGACGAAAAGCGGGUUUUCUUCCUCGUCGGAAAAUCCGGAACUGGUAAAACUACACUGUUUGCACAAGUUGCCGACAAACUUACUUACAUGGCUUCUCAAGGCCAAUCCAUGUGCCUUGCUUAUUUUUACUGCACAAUUAGUGAUUUUUCAUCUCAGAAUGCGAGCAAUGUUCUGGGAUCACUUGUGGCACAGCUCUCAGGCACGGUUCCCUCAAUAUUGGACGAGAUUCGGUCUAUAUACAAUAAAGGUUCAAAGAAUCAACAUAGGUUCCCUAUCGAACUCUCUGUUCUCGAAGCUGCCAUCGUCCAGUCUGCUACCGAAAAGACAAAGGUUGUCCUUUUGGUUGAUGCAAUCAACGAAAGCCAUGAUAUGCAGCUUCUUGAGGCGUCUCUUCUCAAGCUGGCUAGCUUAUCCACGAACAUCCGCGUGCUUAUAACAACUACAAACACCACGAGUUCCAUUGGACAUCACAAUGCAUCUGUCUUGAAUAUAAGCGGAAAGUCACGAGGGGACAUCGAUAGCUUCAUCAAAUAUCGACUUCAGACUGACGAUACAUUGAGAGCUUUGACACCGGAAUUCAAGGAGGAGAUUGAAUACACUCUUUGUCGGGGUGCCGAUGGAUCAUUUCGCUGGGUCCAGCUCUCACUGGACAACCUGAGCACGCAGCGAUCUGUCAGGGCGAUGCGACAAGCCUUGAAGAACCUCCCAAGUACAUUACGCGAGACAUAUGCAAAUAUGUUGGAAAGAAUCGCCCCUGACGAUUGGAAAAUUGCUCACGAGGCCCUCUUUUGGCUGAGUUUUGCCAAACAGCCUCUUACUUUGAAGUCUCUCAAUGAAAUCGUGGUCAUGGACGAGACAAGCAUAACACUCGACGAGGAUAUGAUGCUUGUCCCUCCGCAUAUUCUUCUUGAAAUUUGUCAAGGACUCAUCUCUGAAGACCAAGAUGGCUAUCUCAAUCUCGCGCAUGCGUCUGUCAAGGAUUUCCUAACCUCUGAUUGGAUCCGCUCAUCUCGAGUCCAAUAUUUCAGCCUGGAUCCUACAACGGCAGAUCUGAAAGCCAUGCACAGUUGUCUCACAUACCUCUGUCUUGACAAUUUUGCAAAGGGAUACCUAACAUGUCCCGAAAACCCAGCCAAGCUACGAGACGAUCAUCCGUUCAUAGCUUACGCCGCAAACCUAUGGCCCCAACAUGGUGCUGCCUGCGGCUUUGGGGGUGCUGAGCAAGACAUGGUGCACAAAUUCUUUGCCACAAGGUCUCUUCCUGGCCGGGGGAAUUAUGGCACUUGGUUACAGGUGUUGUUACGGACAACUGCUGCUUCAAGCACGAAUGAUGCUGUGGCCAUUGACGGAACGCAUCCCCUAUACUACGCUGCCUCCUUCGGGAUGGUUCCAGUCGUCGAGUAUAUUCUCGCCUCCGAGCCAGAUAUCGAUAUCAAUGCUCCUGGUGGUCGUGUUCGGGCUACGGCAGUGUGGAUUGCCAGUCUUCGCUUUAAGUUCGAAGUCGUGGAUAUUCUCCUGCGUGCUGGAGCUGAUCCAUCCAUUCGGGAUCCAGGUAGUGGACUUAACGUACUUGAUCUUCUGAGGAUGGUGCCAACCCGUCAUCGAGAUUACCAGGCUCUUCGACCCAUUUUAGCUCGUCCAGCACCGUGGAAGGAGAUAGAGCGCAGUGAGAGGAAAAAGAGGAUUGAUUAUCUCAAACAAACAGCAAGCGAGUUACCUAAGGUUGGCUAG